UUUGCUACAGUUCACGAUAGUGUCAAGUGUUUUCAGUUUAGUUGGUACUGUGAUAUCAUUGAGGUGAUCUCUUUAAAAGCAAUAUUUGUGAUAUUUCACCGACAAUGGAAAAUAUUUUAAAUAGAUACGCAAUAUUGUUGAUUGUCUGCAUAUCUGGAUUCUUGAACUUCUGCAAUUGUUUGUCAAACAAUGGAAGUUUAGUAAUUGAAGACACUAAAUCACAGAAGAUUCUAUCGAGAAGCAAACGAUACUUGGUGUUCCCCGAGGGAUCGAGUUUCUCUGCUGCUACUUGCUUCACAAUUGGCAUAAUUGGAAAUCCCAGUGAUCAGUUUAUCAGUUGGGCUCUCAAUUGGGGUGUUGCUUAUGAAUUGCCAACCAAUCAGUCGUACUUUGUUGGCCUUAGUCCAGUAAUUGCCCGUAGAUUUCGGAGAGAUUUGUACGGUAAACUGGAAUUGGCGAUGGAUGACAUGGGAUACAAUGGUAAGAGCUGCGUACUUAAAGCUCUCUGUCAAAGUCAUCAGUAUUUCAAUCGACAAGGAUCAAAUAUGAUUGAGGAGAUACUUAGGACGAUUUUUAGUCUGCCAAAACAGAAAGUAUUUUCUUUUGAGCAUCGUGACCUCAAUGACUACGAUCUUGCCCAUCGACAGGGAAGGAAGAAGUCCAAUUGUGAAGAAUUGUAUCCUAAUUGUGGAUUUUCCCUUUUGGAUUUAGCUCUGGGACGAUACAGUAAACCACCGCAGGAUUUCAAUUUUAUGUAAAAAUUUGUGCAAAUGAUGCCGUGUUAUGUAGAGUAAUAAAGGAGUAAUUUAUUAUUAA